AUGGAUUCCGGGAGCCAAGAUGAAAUCGAGGAUUUGUCAUCUUUAUCUCCUCCUCCAGUGGGUCCCAUGCACAUAACAGGCAAUAAUGGGUUUGUUCAUAACUUGGAUUUGAUGGCUGCUCAGACUUACCUUAGAAACAGAUCAAGCUCUCAGAUCGAUAUCCAAGAUGACGCCUCCCCUAUCAAAGAUCGUCCACUUCCCAUUUUCCUAAAGUUUGAAGAUAUAGAGUUUAAGGUGAAAGUGAGCAAGGCGACACCUGGGAAUCCAGUGAAGGCGGUGAUGUCGAAGGUGGUUUUGCAGGGGAAGAGUGAAGAAGAAAACAAUUAUAAGCAGAUAUUGAAAGGUAUAACUGGAAGCCUUGGCCCCGGUGAAAUCCUUGCUUUGAUGGGUCCUUCUGGUAGUGGAAAAACAACGCUAUUAAAGGUGAUAGGUGGGAGAUUAGGAGAAAACGUCAAGGGAACUGUCACUUAUAAUGAUGUUCCCUACAGCCCAGCUCUUAAAAGAAGGAUUGGAUUUGUGACACAAGAUGACGUGCUCUACCCGCAGUUAACAGUGGAGGAAACUUUGAUUUUCGCUGCAUUUUUAAGACUUUCGGGCAGCAUGAGCCAAAGGCAGAAAUACGAAAGAGUGGAGGUGAUUCUUAAGGAAUUAGGACUUGAAAGAUGUCGUAAGACACGAGUAGGAGGAGGAUUUAUUAGUGGCAUUUCGGGGGGUGAAAGGAAACGUACGAGCAUAGGAUACGAGAUCCUCGUUGAUCCUUCACUUUUGUUGCUUGAUGAACCAACUUCAGGCCUUGAUUCAACAUCAGCAAAUAAACUUAUACAGAUUCUCAGAGAAAAUGCCAAGGCAGGGAGGACAAUCAUCACAACAAUCCACCAACCAUCAAGUAAAAUGUUUCACAUGUUUGACAAAAUCUUAUUGAUAUCAGAAGGCCAUCCUAUGUACUAUGGAAAGGCAAGAGAAUCAAUGAGCUAUUUUUCAUCUCUAAGGUUCAUCCCCGAUAUACCCAUGAACCCCGCGGAGUUUUUGCUAGAUCUAGCAACCGGUCAAGUAAAUGACAUUACUGCCCCUGACGAUAUCGUGACUCCUAAAGGCACUAGUGAAUACGAGAAGGCCGUCAUCAAAUAUGUUCAAAACAGGUAUAAAAGUGAACUGGAGACGAAAGAGAAAGAAGCACAUCAUAGAACAGGGAAGGCACCAGAACAUCUUAGAUUAGCGAUUCAAGUGAAGAAAGAUUGGACGAUAAGUUGGUGGGAUCAGUUUUUGAUAUUGUUCAAGAGAACAUACAGAGAAAGGUGGAGAGAUUACUUUGAUAUGCUAAGAAUAGUUCAAUCUCUUGGAGUUGCAGUCUUGUUAGGGCUUCUAUGGUGGAAAUCUAGCUUUGCCACCGAGGCUCACCUUAGAGAUCAGAUUGGGUUGUUGUUCUAUGUGUGCAUUUUCUGGACAUCUUCAUCGAUAUUUGGAGCGGUGUAUGUGUUCCCAUUUGAGAAGUUCUUUCUGGUGAAAGAAAGAAAGGCUGAUAUGUAUAGGCUGAGCGCCUACUAUGCGUGCAGCACUUUGUGUGACAUGAUCGCUCACGUUACUUACCCAACUGUUUUCAUGUCCAUUCUUUAUUUCAUGGUUGGAUUCAAGAAAACCCUGCAAUGCUUCUUCAUGACAUUGGCAGCAGUCUUAUUAAUAGCCAUAACAAGCCAAGGUGCAGGAGAAAUGUUUGGUGCUGCAGUGAUGAGCAUUAGAAGGGCAGGAAUGGUUGCUUCUUUAAUACUCAUGUUGUUUCUUCUAACAGGCGGUUACUAUGUUCAGCAUAUACCAAAAUUUAUGCAGUGGAUGAAGUACAUAUCAUUCAUGUACCAUGGAUUCAGGCUGCUAAUGAAAGUACAGUACUCGGGUGAUGAUUUAUACGAGUGUGAAAGCAUCGGGGGAUGCAAGUCACUGCAAACUUCACCCUCUUUUGAUACAGUCAACUUAAAAGGAGGCUGGAAAGAAGUUUGGAUACUGCUAGGAAUGGGUCUCGUGUAUCGUGUCAUGGCUUAUAUUUGUCUUCGUCAAAAGAUUAGCCUAAUUAAUCUUUGAUUAAUACCUCAAAUAAGAUUUCAUUAAGCAUCCAUUACCAUUUUGUUGUAUGACUAAUCACACAAGUUACAUAUACAUCUACUUUCACAAGUGAGAACCCAUGUCCUUUAUGGGCCUUAUAAAAUGGAUACAUAUAUCUAGUACCUCCCCUCAAGUUUUGGGAUACUUCACUUCA